AUGUCCAACAGCAGCUCCAUCAAGCACUUCCUCCUGCUGGCAUUGGCAGACACGCGGCAGCUGCAGCUCCUGCACUUCUGCCUCUUGCUGGGCAUCUCCCUGGCUGCCCUCCUGGGCAACGGCCUCAUCAUCAGCGCCGUAACCUGCGGCCACCACCUGCACACGCCCAUGUUCUUCUUCCUGCUCAACCUGGCCCUCAGCGACCUGGGCUCCAUCUGCACCACUGUGCCCAAAGCCAUGCACAAUUCCCUCUGGGACACCAGGAACAUCUCCUACACUGGAUGUGCUACUCAGCUAUUUUUCUUUAUGUUCUUCAUUGGAGCAGAGUUUUAUCUGCUGACCAUCAUGUGCUACGACCGCUACGUGUCCAUCUGCAAACCCCUGCACUACGGGACCCUCCUGGGCAGCAGAGCUUGUGCCCACAUGGCAGCAGCUGCCUGGGCCAGUGCCUUUCUCAAUGCUCUCAUGCACACGGCCAAUACAUUUUCCCUGCCCCUUUGCCAUGGCAAUGCCCUGGGCCAGUUCUUCUGUGAAAUACCCCAGAUCCUCAAGCUCUCCUGCUCCAAAUCCUACCUCAGGGAACUGGGACUUCUUGCUGUAAGUUCCUGUUUGCUAUUUGGUUGUUUUGUGUUCAUUGUUUUCUCCUAUGUGCAGAUCUUCAGGGCUGUGCUGAGGAUCCCCUCUGAGCAGGGACGGCACAAAGCCUUUUCCACCUGCCUCCCUCACCUGGCUGUGGUCUCUUUGUUUGUCAGCACUGGUACAUUUGCCUACCUGAAGCCCCCCUCCAUGUCCUCCCCAUCCCUGGAUCUGGCCCUGUCAGUUCUGUACUCGGUGGUGCCUCCAGCCCUGAACCCCCUCAUCUACAGCCUGAGGAACCAGGAGCUCAUGGCUGCUGUGAGGAGACUGAUGACUGGAUGCGUGUCCAUCUGCAAACCCCUGCACUACGGGACCCUCCUGGGCAGCAGAGCUUGUGCCCACAUGGCAGCAGCUGCCUGGGCCAGUGCCUUUCUCAAUGCUCUCAUGCACACGGCCAAUACAUUUUCCCUGCCCCUGUGCCAUGGCAAUGCCCUGGGCCAGUUCUUCUGUGAAAUCCCACAGAUCCUCAAGCUCUCCUGCUCCAAAUCCUACCUCAGGGAACUGGGACUUCUUGCUGUAAGUUCCUGUUUGCUAUUUGGUUGUUUUGUGUUCAUUGUUUUCUCCUAUGUGCAGAUCUUCAGGGCUGUGCUGAGGAUCCCCUCUGAGCAGGGACGGCACAAAGCCUUUUCCACCUGCCUCCCUCACCUGGCUGUGGUCUCUUUGUUUGUCAGCACUGGUACAUUUGCCUACCUGAAGCCCCCCUCCAUGUCCUCCCCAUCCCUGGAUCUGGCCCUGUCAGUUCUGUACUCGGUGGUGCCUCCAGCCCUGAACCCCCUCAUCUACAGCCUGAGGAACCAGGAGCUCAAGGCUGCAGUGUGGAGACUG